CCUUGUGAGAAAUGUGUCAGUCUACGAAGAGUGGUUCCACUGUUCUCAUCUCUCCAGAUCACUGUAGCUCAUUUCCCUGAUUUGGAACAAUGUCAUUUGUGAAUACUCUAAAACAGUGGGAUGAGGCAGUGGCCUGUUUUGAACGGGGGGACUCUGCUGCUUCCCUUGGAACAUUUCUGGACAUCCAGGAAAAGAACUCCAAAAUCUUUUUCAACGUUGGCUGUCUACAUUUGAUUAAUAAGAACCUAGAUGCAGCUGAAAAGGCUUUCGAUGGCAGUAUCGGAAAGGAUGGACACUUGGCUGUUGCAUUCUUUCAAAGGGCAUUGACAUUCUACAAAAAAGAGAGGUAUGAGGAGUCUUUAGCUGAUUUUCAACAUGCCUUCAGGGAGUUGAGGGGGAACCAGCUGAUUGACUACAAACCUCUUGGUCUGAGAUACAAAUUAUAUGCUUGUGAGGUACUGCACAACAUGGCGCUGGCCCAUGCUCAGCUGGGUCAGUGGGAGAAAGCCAAAGAGACCAUCCUGACUGCUCUGAAACUCAGGACUGAGGCCAAACUCAGCCACAUUGACAGAGGUCUGGAGUGCAUCCUGAAGAAGAAGGUGUUUGAGCCAGUUGAGGUCCCAGCGAAAGUUCUGUUCAAGCCAAACAAGAACUACGUGGCUGAACUGGAGAAGAAGGACUACCUGGGCAAGGCCAAGGUUGUUUCUUCCAUCGUCUUUCAGGAUGAUUUCUCUGGCUUUGCUCCGUUACAGCCACAGGUUGAAGAGGUUCCUACCAGACCAAAGGUGCCUGAAGUUCUGAGGGCACUGGAGGAGGGUGAGCCUCACACUGUCCUCUUUGAGUUUGUCCCUGAGACAAGUGAUGAGUUAGCUGUGGUGCCUGGCAAUAUCGUCUUUGUGCUGAACAGCGGAGAAGACAACUGGGCAUCUGUCAUCUUCAAUGAAAGAAGGGGACUUGUUCCUUAUAACUUCCUGGAGCGUUUGGAAAUAACCUUAUCAUCUAAGCAAGAUCAGGAUGGGACAGACAAGGAUGACAUCCCAGCUCCACCUAGAGGAGAACCACUGAAAAGACCUCAAAGAAAAUCUGCUUUGGCUGCUGAAAAUCAGAGCAUUGGGGACACAGAAACGGAGUCUUGCCAGAUUGAAGAGUCAUCACUGUGUGUAGUGAAAGUGCACUUCACAUACACCAUAACAAUGUGCAUGGUGCCUGGACUUCCCUACACAACCACUCUGGAGAAAAUCAGUAACAAACUGGGCCUUCCUGCCAUGGCAAUCACCUUGAGCUAUGCCCACUUAGAUUCUGGUAAAAUAGUGAUAGAUGAGGACACGAGGAUGGAAGAUGUUUGGAGCUGUGUCCACAAUGGUCGUCUAACACUGUGGUGUGAUCUCAAAGAGGGUAUGAGUGAGCAGCUGCAAAGCCAGAAUCAACUGAUGGCCCUUCAUUCCUACGAGUCUUCAACUCCAGAGGACCUUGAGUUCCAUCAAGGAGAUACCAUCUUACUUCUCUCCAAAGCAAAGUUCUCCGUCCACGUGAAGGGUUGAGGCGGAAAUGUUCGGAUACUCAGAGGACAGCAGCGCCAGAAGAUCGUCUGAGGAGAGACAUUAUCAUGCUAUAAACCAGUAUUAACGGGACUGGACAUAUUGGUACAGGAUGGACAGGCACCUCCUCAGAGCAGAACCCCUGACUUUUCUUCUCUCUGGGAUUGAUGACCAAAGCAGAACGAUAACAAAUGAUCAGGAUGGCCAAUUGAGUCAACAAUCAAUAAAUGAUAUUUGCAUUUUCUUUGGAUUUUUAUUAGAAAUUCUAUUGCAGAGUGGUCUUUGAGUAGAUUUGACCAUGCUGUUGUAUACAGUAUUUACAGUAUGCUGCAUUUCUUUAAUGUCUAAUGUCCCUGAAGGGUCAAUAGUCUAGUCAGUGCACAAUGCACAUGUGUGAUCAAGACUGAGGAAACUGAUGAGCUAUUAUUGCCACAGAACAUGUAUGAAUUACUCACCACUAAUAAACUCAGCAAAAAAAGAAAAGCCCCUUUUUCCGAAUUCUUUCUUUCAAAGAUAAUUUGUAAAAAUCAAAAUAACUUCACAGAUCUUCAUUGUAAAGGGUUUAAACAAUGUUUCCAAUGCUUGUUCAAUGAACCAUAAACAUUUAAUGAACAUGCACCCGUGGAACAGUCGUUAAGACACUAACAGCUUACAGACGGUAGGCGAUUAAGGUCACAGUUAUGAAAACGUAGGACACUAAAGAGGCCUUUCUGCUGACUCUGAAGAACACCAAAUGAAAGAUGCCCAGGGCCCCUGCUCAUCUGCAUGAACGUGCCUUAGGCAUGCUGCAAGGAGAUGCAGAUGUGGCCAGGGCAUUUCAUUGCAAUGUCCGUACUGUGAGAUGCCUAAGACAGCUUUACAGGAAGACAGGAUGGACAGCUGAUCAUCCUCGCAGUGGCAGACCACGUGUAACAACACCUGCACCUGAUCGGUACAGCCGAACAUCACACCUGCGGGACAGGUACAGGAUGGCAACCACAGGAACCACACCAGGAAUGCACAAUCUCUGCCUCAGUGCUCAGACUGUCCGCAAUAGGUUGAGACAGGCUGGACUGAGGGCUUGUAGGCCUGUUGUAAGGCAGGUGCCUUGGUGGAAGAGUGGGGUAACAUCUCACAGCAAGAACUGUCAAAUCUGGUGCAGUCCAUGAGGAGGAGAUGCACUGCAGUACUUAAUGCAGCUGGUGGCCAGACCAGAUACUGACUGUUACUUUUCAUUUUGACCCCCCCUUUGUUCAGGGACACAUUAUUCCAUUUCUGUUAGUCAUAUGUCUGUGGAACUUGUUCAGUUAUUGAUGUCUCAGUAGUUGAAUCUUGUUAAGUUCGUACAAAUAUUUACACAUGUUAAGUUUGCUGAAAAUAAACGCAGUUGACAGUGAGAGGACGUUUCUUUUUUUGCUGAGUUUACUAAUAACAGUUGAUGGGUAUGAAUAAACAUGUACAUAUUAUUUAUUACAUAAGCUAUUACUAUACUACUGCAGUUCAUUAAAAGUUGUAAUGCUCUGUUAAUUAAAUAUAAUAUGGUAUUCACAGUUUUUACACCACAGCUUGGGUGUUGACAAAUUUACCAUUUAAUAUAGAAGCUACACAAACCUUUGGUUUUACUUUUGUAAUAUGGAAUUAAGAGACAUUAGUUAAUACCUUGACCUGUAUCCUCAGGGCCGGAUUACCGAACAGGGACAAGACGGCCUACAAGGAGGAGGUGAGGGCCCUCGGAGUGUGGUGUCAGGAAAAUAACCUAACACUCAACGUCAAAAAAACUAAGGAGAUGAUUGUGGACUUCAGGAAACAGCAGAGGGAACACCCCCCUAUCCACAUCGAUGGAACAGUAGUGGAGAGGGUAGUAAGUUUUAAGUUCCUCGGCGUACACAUCACGGACCAACUGAAUUGGUCCACCCACACAGACAGCAUCGUGAAGAAGGCGCAGCAGCGCCUCUUCAACCUCAGGAGGCUGAAGAAAUUUGGCUUGUCACCAAAAGCACUCACAAACUUCUACAGAUGCACAAUCGAGAGCAUCCUGUCGGGCUGUAUCACCGCCUGGUACGGCAACUGCUCCACCCACAACCGUAAGGCUCUCCAGAGGGUAGUGAGGUCUGCACAACGUAUCACCGGCGGCAAACUACCUGCCCUCCAGGACACCUACACCACCCGAUGUCACAGGAAGGCUAUAAAGAUCAUCAAGGACAACAACCACCCGAGCCACUGCCCGUUCACCCCGCUAUCAUCCAGAAGGCGAGGUCAGUACAGGUGCAUCAAAGCUGGGACCGAGAGACUGAAAAACAGCUUCUAUCUCAAGGCCAUCAGACUGUUAAACAGCCACCACUAACAUUGAGUGGCUGCUGCCAACAUACUGACUCAACUCCAGCCACUUAAAUAAUGGGAAUUGAUGGGAAUUGAUGUAAAAUAUAUCACUAGCCACUUUAAACAAUGCUACUUAAUAUAAUGUUUACAUACCCUACAUUAUUCAUCUCAUAUGUAUACGUAUAUACUGUACUCUAUAUCAUCUACUGCAUCUUUAUGUAAUACAUGUAUCACUAGCCACUUUAACUAUGCCACUUUGUUUACAUACUCAUCUCAUAUGUAUAUACUGUACUCGAUACCAUCUACUGCAUCUUGCCUAUGCCGCUCUGUACCAUCACUCAUUCAUAUAUCUUUCUGUACAUAUUCUUUAUCCCUUUACACUUAUGUGUAUAAGGUAGUAGUUUUGGAAUUGUUAGCUAGAUUACUCGUUGGUUAUUACUGCAUUGUCGGAACUAGAAGCACAAGCAUUUCGCUACACUCGCAUUAACAUCUGCUAACCAUGUGUAUGUGACAAAUAAAAUGUGAUUUGAUUUGAUUUGAUUUGGAUGGGGACCACCUGGAGGUCGGGGUCCCCCCAGAUAGCAUAUGAUGGCAAAAUGUGUAGAAUAGCAGGAAAUUAUCUUAAAAACUGCAACAUUUUCUCUCAGUCUCAUGGCAAAAUGUGAACAAUAGCAUUAGAUGAGCUAUAAAACAGCACAUUUUUUAUCUCUGACCCAUAGCAAAUAGCAUAGAUUUGCAGGAAAUUAACUUUAAAACUACAACAUUUUAUCUUGACAAAAUAUCUACAAUAGCAUUAGCUAUAAAACUGAAAAAUAUGUCAACACAAAAAAUCAGGUCAGUGCCUCUGUGCCCCAAAUGUGGUAGUCCGGCCCUGUGUAUCCUUGGUAAUAUAUGAAAUUGUGCACAGGCCGUCCACUGUGUUUAGGAAACACAUUCUCAGCUACUGUAUGUCACUUACAAUGUUUGUAUUUUUCAUGUGCCUUGAGUGGAAAAGUCUCCCUGUUUGCUUGCAUUGCUGGCACAACUGCUAGCCUGAAUCUGAAGCUGGGGACACAGCAACACAUGUUCCAUUUGAUUUAUUGUAGAACCCGUUCCAGACCCGGGUCAGGUUUAUGGUAUUUGGGUUACGGAGGACUCUGAAGACAGAAUAUAAACAGAAUACUCCACAAGUACUACACAUAUUCCUGCAAUAAUUACUGUAUUGCGAAAGCCUGGAUACAAUAUCAGUAAUGCAGUAAGCUAACCUAUUGGUUGAAGUGACAUGGAAGCCACAAUAUUGAGAAUAUUCACAUGAAAUUCUUCAUUAGAAUGUAAUAUAUAUUCACAACAGGUCAGCAAACUGAUAUGCUCCCACACAUUGCACUCAUGUGCAAAGAUCUUCAUUGUAAUCUGGCAGCACAAACACCUUCAGUGUCAAUGACAACAUGGACCUAAAUGUGGUGGGUGUACUUUGUCAACCACUGUCAAGUUGUGUAAACAGAUUAUGUUCAAUGCAUUUCAAUAAAAAUUAAUUAACCUUACUGUCAUAUACAGUAGUCAGCAUACAUUAGUAAAGAGCAUAAAUGGUUCAAUUUCAUUCUACUACAAUACAUUAACAUUAGCUAAACUACAUUGCACAUGUCAUCUAACUCUUUUUGAAUGUGUUUGAUAUUGACUUUCUAACAGAAAUGGGAGCGUCAAACUGUGUAACCUGGAGUGUAUUCAUUCUAAAUGGGGCUCUUUAUUUAAAUAAAGAAAUAUGUAAAGUA